ACUAGCAAGCAAAUCGCAUCGAACAUCUCCAGGACUCUACGCUGCCUACGAGGAGCCAGGGUUAGUCCAGCGCCUCAGGGCGACACCACACAUCCGUCCUUCACUGCUACGCCAGCCGCUGCAGCGCCGCGGUACGCCUAGCUCGCCAUAUUACAAAAGGCACAAGCCACCCGCCAAGACGCCCACGAACGCCAGACGCCGCGACACAAAAACAAGCAAAGAUGUCCAAGCUCGCCUUCGACUACAGCAAGUGGGACAACAUCGAGAUCAGCGACGACGAGGCCGACACGCAUCCUAAUAUAGACAAGGCGAGUUGGUUCCGCAUGAAGCAUCGGAGCCGCGUCGAGCGCGAGGAGACGGAGAAGAUGGAGAAGACGGCGAUGGAGAAGGAGAACAAGGCCGAUUCGGAGAGAGAACGGGAGAUCGUACGAUUGCUGGCCGAAGUGCGGUCGGGCGGGGACGCGGCGGAGUACGAGGACGAGGACGCGCUCGUGGGCGAAUUGGAGGAGGCGCGGGCCGGCGUGGCAAGCAACGUCGCGUCGCGUCGAUGGCGUAUGGGGGGCGUCGCCACCGCCGCGCGCCGUCGCCGCGUCGAGAGCGUCGCGUCGACGGCAUGCCAUGCGACUCGUCAUACGCCAUCGCCGCGGCGGGGAGAGUCUCGGCGACGGCGUGGAACGCUCACGAAUCGCGAACGCAGGUCCGCGGCCGCGUCAAGGACCGGCUCGACAAGAUCGACUUCAUGGAGAAGAACAAGAAGUGGAACGUCGACAACUUGAGUCACACGGCCACGGAUCGAACCAUACUGUCAGGUAAAGGGUCGUCGAAGGAGGACUUGGUGGGCGGGAUGAUGACCGGCACGAAAUCCAAUAAAGAUGGGCCUGUGGGUCCUCAAUCAGAAAAAGCGGCUGUCAAUGCGUAUGCGGACUUCGUGGAUAAACAUGAGCAAGUGCUUGAGGACUACCUCGCUACUACCGAGUUGGAGGAUUGCAAAAAGAAGCUGCACGAGCACGGCGGGACGCUGCUGCAUGAGCAUGCGCAAUCUUAUAUACUCCUAUCCUGUUUGGAGGACGAGAUGAACGGCUUUCCCGACAAGAUGAAACUCGCGUCGAGAAAUAGCCAAGUGUUGUCUCAUGUCACUGAUCUGGCGGCGUCGCUGAACAGACAUCCUAGGGAUGUCGUGCUGCCCUUCUUUUCGCGUAUUGAGGACCCCAGAUAUAGAAGCGGAUUCGAAGAAGCGGUCCAGGACUUCAUCGCCAAAAUUCAGAAGCGGGCUAUUGAUAAGAGGAAAGAAAUGGACGCCCAGGAACCAGUAGAGUUGUCGAGGGAAGAAAGGCUGGGCCCCGGCGGCCUGGACCCCGUCGAGGUCUUCGAGACGCUCCCAGAAUCGAUGCAGGAGGCCUUCGAGAAGAAGGACACGCAGAUGCUCCAGGUUGCGUUAGAAGCGAUGGAGCCGGAAGAGGCGAAGAAACACAUGGACGCCUGCGAGGCGUCGGGGCUCUGGGUGCAGAACAAUUCGUCUGAAGAGGCGACGGUCGUGGAUGACGGGCUCGCCUAGGCGUACCCUUUGUAUAAGAUGACCUAUCCGUUGGUUUUGUGGCGCGGCGGCGGCGACGGCGUGGGGGUUAUCUUUGUUCGCGG